AUGGCUGAAGGUGUGCUCCUUUUCAAUGUUGCGGAGGAAAUAAUAAAGAAACUGGGCUCCCUAGCUGCUCAGGAGGUUGCUCUCUGGUGUGGUGUCAAAGAUCAGCUACGCAAGCUCGAGGGCACACGGAAACAAUUGGUGUAUGGGAACAAAGUAUCGGGGAAGGUACGUGUUUUCUUCUCAAAAUCAAACCAAUUUGUUUAUGGUUUGGGGAUGGGUCAUGAAGUGAAAGCACUUAGGGAGAGACUAGCUGACAUCGAUGCUGAUAGUAAACGAUUUAACUUUGAGGUUCAUCAUGAGGAGAAAGCUCCUUUGACCACGGUCAGGGAGCAAACUAACUCCUCUGAACAUGAAGUUAUAGUUGGGAGAGAAGGUGAUAAAGUGGCACUUAAAACUUUUCUGCUGAAUUCCAACAAUGAACAGAAUGUUUCUGUCAUCUCAAUAGUUGGAAUAGGUGGAUUGGGGAAGACCACACUCGCUCAACAUGCUUUCAAUGAUGAGCAAGUUAAGGAGCACUUUGGUCUGAAACUCUGGGUUAGUGUCUCAGGUGGUUUAGAUGCGAAAAAGAUUCUCAAAGAUAUCUUACAGGCUAUACCUAAAAAAGAUAGUAACUUAGAGGCUGCUGGUGUUAGGGGAGAUUCUGAUCA